CAAUGCUCUGCAAAAGGGAGGCUAACAAAACCUGCAGAGCGCAGAGGUAACAGGCAAGGACAACUUGGUCUGACCAGGUGUUGCUGCUUGACACCCAGGUGCCCAGGCGUUGGUGACACAGAGGUGCCCACAUGGGUGCUGGCGACAUGGAGGCACCCAGUUGGGUGCUGGCGACAUGGAGGCGCCCAGGUGGGUGCUGGUGACAUGGAGGUGCCCAGGUGUUGGCGACAUGGCAGUGCCCAGGUGGGUGCUGUUGACACUGUAGGUGCCCAGAUGGGUGUUGGUGACAUGGAGGCGCCCAGGAGGCGCCCAUGGGUGCUGGCGACAUGGAGGCGCCCAGUUGGGUGCUGGCGACAUGGAGGCGCCCAGGUGGGUGCUGGUGACAUGGCGGUGCCCAGGUGGGUGCUGGUGACAUGGCGGUGCCCAGGUGGGUGCUGGCGACAUGGCGGUGCCCAGGUGUUGGCGACAUGGCAGUGCCCAGGUGGGUGCUGUUGACACUGUAGGUGCCCAGAUGGGUGUUGGUGACAUGGAGGUGCCCAGGUGGGUGCUGGUGACAUGGAGGUGCCCAGACUUGCAUGAUAUGUUGUUGGCAACAUGGCAGUGCCCAGGUGUGUUGUUGGCAACAUGGAGAUGCCCAGGUGUUGCUGGUGACAUGGCAGUGCCCAGAACUUGCUGUUGACACGAGGUGCCCAGGUGGGUGCUGGUGACAUGGAGGUGCCCAGAACUUGCUGUUGACACUGGAGGUGCCCAGGUGGGUGCUGGUGACAUGGAGGUGCCCAAGUGUUGUUGAUAACAUGGUAAUGCCCAGGUGUUGUAACAUGGCAGUGCCCAGGUGUUGUUGGCGACAUGGCAGUGCCCAGGUGUUGUUGGCGACAUGGCAGUGCCCAGGUGUUGUUGGCGACACGGCAGUGCUCAGAUGCAUGACAU